UACCUCGGCCCAGAGAGGGCCGUAUUCUCUGGAUUUACAUCAGCCGGCCCACUCAUUACCAUGUUUUAUAUUCCCCCGCACAGAGAAAGCAUCAUGGCAAAGUAACUCCAUCCUCCCCUCAACAGGGAAGUGAAGCAGCUUCUCGGAGCAGGUGUCAGCAGCGGUAAACUCCCCACAACACUGGACCAGAGAGGAAGAAAGGAACUUUUUAUUUUUUUUCUACUUAAAAUUAUUCUUUCUUUCUCUCUUCACCUUUCUCUUUGCCCCAGCGCGCACGCACAGCAGGCCUAUGUUGUGUUUUUAAUGUUCUCUAAAAUGGUAUCCAAGCUGACAUCCCUGCAGCAGGAGCUCCUCAGCGCCCUGCUGGACUCAGGAGUUACCAAAGAUGUUCUGAUCCAGGCCCUGGAUGAUAUGGACCCAAGCCCGGCUGGCUUUGGAGUAAAACUGGAGAGCCUGCCCAUGUCUCCCGCUGCUCCGCAGAGUGGCAAGAUGAGCGCAGGAGAGCAGGACACGAAGCCCGUCUUCCACACGCUCACCAAUGGUCACAGCAAGGGCAAGCUGUCCGGGGACGAGGGCUCCGAGGACGGGGACGACUACGACACGCCGCCGAUCCUGAGGGAGCUCCAGUCCCUCAACACGGAGGAGGCCGCGGAGCAGAGGGCGGAGGUGGAGCGCAUGUUGGCAGAGGAUCCAUGGCGUGCUGCCCGCAUGAUCAAAGGUUACAUGCAGCAGCACAACAUUCCCCAACGGGAGGUGGUGGACAUCACAGGGCUGAACCAGUCUCACCUCUCCCAGCACCUCAACAAAGGCACGCCCAUGAAAACGCAGAAGCGAGCGGCCCUCUACACCUGGUAUGUCAAGAAACAGCGGGAAAUUCUCAGACAGUUCAACCAGGCAGUGCAAGGCUCUGGCAGCAAUAUGUCAGACAAAGGCAAUCAGGAUCCGGUGUUUUUUUUCCCAGAAUACAACCCAACCGGUCAGGGCAUGGGUCAGCCCGGUGAAGAUGUCGGCAGUGAACCCUCGUGCAAGAAAAUGAGACGUAACCGUUUCAAAUGGGGGCCUGCGUCACAACAGAUCCUCUACCAGGCCUAUGAGAGGCAGAAGAACCCCAGCAAAGAGGAGAGGGAAGCUCUGGUAGAAGAGUGCAACAGAGCCGAGUGUCUCCAGAGAGGCGUAUCCCCGUCCAAAGCUCAGGGCCUCGGCUCUAACCUGGUCACAGAAGUGCGAGUCUACAACUGGUUUGCCAACCGGCGCAAAGAGGAAGCCUUCAGGCAGAAGUUGGCCAUGGACGCCUACACCACGCCGACCCACAGCAUCAACCCUCUGCUGUCACACAGCUCGCCACAUCACCCCCAGACCAGCGCUUCGCCUCCCAGUAAGAUGACAGUGCGCUACAGCCAAGGACCCGGUGAGGUCACGUCCUCCACAACCAUCAGUCACCACAGUAGCAACGCCAUGGCGACCAGCCAGUCGGUGCUCCAGCAGGUGUCUCCGGGAGGAUUGGACCCCAGCCACAGUCUGCUGUCACCUGACGCCAAGAUGAUUUCGGGUUCAGGUGGAGGACUUCCCCCUGUGAGCACACUGACCAACAUCCACAGUUCCCAUCACAGCCAUCAGCAGUCACAGAACCUCAUCAUGCCUCUUUCUGGAGUCAUGGCUAUAGCACAAAGUUUAAACACGUCGCAGUCUCAGACAGUGCCAGUGAUCAACAGUGUGGCGGGCAGCCUGGCAGCGCUGCAGCCGGUGCAGUUUACCCAGCAGCUUCACAGCCCACACCAGCAGAGCCUGAUGCAGCAGUCUCCCAGCCACAUGAGCCAGCAGCCGUUCAUGGCUACUGUCACACACUCACACAUGUACCCUCACAAGCAGGAACCCCCACAAUAUUCCCACCCGUCACGCUUCCCUUCGGCCAUGGUGGUCACAGACGCCAACAGCCUCAGCACCCUCAGCUCCAUGUCCUCAAGCAAGACGGACGCUCCUGUAAACAAGAUGGUGCAACUCGGGGGUCUCUCCUGGUGUCCUCUUCAAGCUUGGUGAGAGCGUCCACCUGACUUCCUCAGUGCCCAGCAACUGGAGCACAUUUUUCCACCCUCUCACCGCGGUAACCAUGACAACUCUUAAUAACCAGCAACGGUGCGCUGGAUGAUGAGUCAGUCAACAAACGAGAAGAGUGACGAUGUUGGGCUUGGCGGUGAAAAUGAGAAAUGGGACAGAGGAAAAAAAACAAAAAACAACUCACUGCACCUGAAAGUGAGGAGACUGGAUUCCCCUCUGUCACACACAAAUGAUCAACAAGGACAAAUGAUUUUAAUCUUUGAAAACAGUAUUCAAUUUUCAAGCCCCUUUUCAAAAAAAUUGUAAGAGACAGUCAUCCCUUCUUUGACAUUACAAAGGAACAAACACCAAGCAACAAAAAACGCUCUUGAACUACAUGCAUGGACCUGAAUGAAGGCUUUGGGUGGGCUUAUAUUAAACUGUGAUUUAAGUUGGAAAUAUGAAGAUACACUGACACCAACAGAGACAGUGAUACACCUCUGUGAAGGCUGACGGACUUGGUGAAGGCGAUUCACUCAAACCAAGUUCCUGGAUGCCUUUGACGGUCCACACAAAUCAUGCUCCCGCUUACAGGACUUUGAACUGUGUGACAAUCACAAUAACCUUGUAUUGAUCUUGUGCAUACAUUAGCGAUUUGACAUUCUUACUGGGCUGAAAAGGAGUCUUCCAUGUUAUUCUCUCACACACUCAGUUUACUGCACUAGUGAUAGUGCAGAGUUUCUUGCUCGGGGGAUUCAUCAUCUCGAGUUGUUCAAUGUGUAUACUAUGAUUGAAAAGACUUUGACAAUCUUGAAAGGACUAUGCAAUGCGUCUAUUAGGUGUAUGCAAUGCUUUGUAUAACUGGAUUCUGCACAGAGCUCCACACACACGUGAGACUAGAAAUUAAUAUGCUCCAUCAGUGAAGGCACCAACAAUUAUCAUAAACUGGAGCUGCUUUUGAUAAAGCUGCUUGUAAAAUGACACACAAGUAGACAGAUGUGUAACAAAUACAGCAGAGGAUAAGAGUUUGAAUGUAGCUGAGUAUAGGUACGGCUCGUAUUUGUCAUGUCUCAAAAGCUAGCCUGCUUUGUCUGUAAACCAGGUCUUGCCGUAAAGGGGGAGGUGGUGAGGGUGACUCACACACACUUUAAAUGUGGUCCUUUGCCUCCAUGGAAACCUUUAGCUGUUGUUUGCACACUGGUUCAGGUGAAUUUCAGGAAUGGGACUCACCCUCCCUUCCCUCUCCCACUUCCUGCUGCAAUGUGAAGAGAUACAAAAUAGGACAAAUAUUAUUAAUAAUACUCCACAUCAUAAGGGAAAUCACGGCGUAGGACUCCCCGGGGUAGAAUGAAAAUAUUGACAAGUAUCCAGAAACAAAACAAUCAUCAUAGUCUGGCAAUUUGACAUGAAAGCCGACAAUGUUGUGACAGCGGCAACUCUAAUCAAACAGGAAUCCACAAAGACAUAAACGCUGGGGGAGAGGAGCAGUCGCUGAGGGUUCAGACACCCACACUGACAGUAUUAGAUACUCACAGUCCCAGAGUAGCUGGUUAAUGGUGGGAGAGUGUGAGACGGGGACCAAUUUAAGUUUUCUUUUCACUAUAACUGGACAAAAAGAUUUGAUCAGAAAUGGAAGCAGUAACAGUCCAUAUCAUACCACAGGUGUGGCAGAUCCAGUCUCCUGUUCAAUAUUAGGUCAUUACAUUGUUAUUAUUAUGUUGGUUGGUUUGUGACUGUUAUAGCUACAUCUACUGCCAUCUGAUCAGAGGGCACUCAUACUUGUGUGACAGGACAUGAUCCCCCCCCCCCCCCCCCCUCUUAAUGUAUUAUUUUUGUAUAAAUUGAAAUCAAUCAUAAAUCAUUAUUUAUACUUUCUGAGAAAAUAUUGAUAUUUCAAGUAAAAGUUUUG